UACUUCUUCUACAAGUUAGAUAGGUUUCCGAAUAGCGCUCCCUUCUCCGGUUCAGUGUUGGGGAGACUUUGAUUACAUGUCAAACAUGCGACAACUUCAACCAAGCCUUGACCUAUUUUCAGAUACACAAAAUGGAAUUCUCAAUAUCCCCUGUUAAACCUGAAGACGUAGACAUACUCGUCCACAAAGUCGACUAUCCAGCACAACAAGAUAACCCACUAUACCGCUUGAUAUUUCCCAAGUCCAAAACGGAGCAUCAGCGCGAGGAGGAGAUAAAAUGGACAAUCGAUGGGCUUUUUGAAGCCAUUAACGGGGAUGGUAAAGUGCUAUACAAGGCAUGUACAGUGGAUGGGUCGCCUGUUGGAUUGAUAGGAUGGACGGCCGGUCCAACAAAAAAACGCUUCGGAUAUUGGGUCUAGACAGGCGAAAAAAGGAAGAAAUCGGUGUCCGGUUACGAUGGA